CUUCUUGACGUCAUCUCCAGAGACGCCACGCAGACACCCGCAGGUGGCAGGAGGACAAGUUCCGCCAAGUGGAAAGGAGGAGCCCCUCAGAGGGUGGAAGAAGGAGCUACUUCGCGGGUGGAAGAAGGAACGAAGGACUCUGCGGCUAGAAAAAGGGACGAACGACCUCUCUGGAGAAGAAGAAACGAUCGACUGGGCCGGUAGAAGAAGGAAGGAAUCCACUGCUCUUCUCUUUCCCUUUGACCUGCUGCUCCUUCUGAGUCAUGGCGCCGUCGCUGUGGAAGGGACUGGUAGGACUUGCCCUCUUUGCCCUAGCCCACGCUGCAUUUUCCGCUGCGCAGCAUCGCUCUUACAUGCGAUUAACCGAAAAGGAAGAUGAGUCACUGCCGGUGGAUGUAAUUCUUCAGACACUUCUGGCCUUUGCAGUUACCUGUUACGGUAUAGUUCAUAUCGCCGGCGAGUUUAAAGACAUGAAUGCCACUUCGGAACUAAAGAAUAAGAGAUUUGACACCUUAAGGAAUCACCCAUCCUUUUAUGUAUUUAAUCAUCGUGGUCGAGUACUGUUCCGGCCUUCAGAUACGACAGAUGCUUUAAGCCAAGAUGCAUCGUCCUUUGACGCGUCAUUGAAAUUACGAAAACUGGAGUCACUGCACAGUUAAGAUUUUUACAAAUGGUAAUCUCCGGGAGGACACAGCUGACUGUUAGUCUGGAGUGUUAAACCCUCCACCCAGUCAGUAUUUAUGGUGACCUUUUCGACCUGAUUUUUAAUAAUCUCUGGCCUUUCUUUUUAUACUGUUGAUGAUUUGUUAAUGGAGUAUAUAUCAUCUAUGAAAUGAAUCUUUGCUCUUUUAUAGAGAAUUUUUUUUCAUUUGAAACAAAUUUGUAUCUUUUGUAAAAGUCACUGUUUGAAUAUAUGAAAAAUGAUGGUUUUCGUCAUUUUCUCAUUUCUUUUGCAUUAUAGUUUUUAUGACUAAUUUUUGUGAUACUGUGAUGACAGCAUUUUUCAGUAUGGGUUUUUAGUAACAUGGUUUAUAGUUCUUAGCAUAUUUCAAAAAUGGUGACUUCUCAUUCUUUCUUCUGACCCUUAGCAAGUGUUUCUGCUUUUGCAGAUAUUUGCCAGUUUUUAAUUUACCCAUGACUUCUUACUCUACCCCUUCCCCAUAUGCAAACAUCAGCUGUCCUGUUUGAUCAUUUCUCUGAGAUUAUAUACAGUGAACAAUGUCACUUCAGAACUGAAGAAAAAUCUGUCGUAAUAAAUAUAUUUCACAAGCUCAA